UUUCUUUGUAUACAAGUGCCAUGACAGAAAAACAUAUAGCGCAAGUGUGAGUGCAUUGUUAAUAUCAGUUACAGUGUAUCAAAAUUGAUAAAUGGAGCAUUGACCUACUAUAGAGAACCGGAAAAUCUUCUGGUAUUCAUAUUAAAUACCGGUUAACUGUUAAUAUGUUAAUUCAAUAUCAACUUCUCGUAACGUUUGACUAUAGAGAAGAAAGGUUUAAGCUACUCGGCAAUAGAGCGUUUUAAUUAAUGCAUUAGUGUGUUUUGCUUCCCACCCCAUCCAUAGAAAACAUUACUGCAUCUAGUCUAAACAUUUGAAACUUGAAAUAGAAGGUGAAAGGUGAAAUCUAUCUUUUCAUCACAAGUAAAAGUGUAUUGUCAAUUGAGUGCCGAAUUAUUCGUGUUUCAAUUCAACAUUUGCAAAUUAUCUAUUGAAUGACACACCUUUUCGUAUACUUUAUUCUUUCAUCAAUUUAAUAAUCGUUAGUAUACGAAUUUAUUUUAACAUGUGCUAUUCCUUAAAAUUGAAAUUUUGUUGUUAAAACAUUCCAAUAAUAAAGUGAUUCUUUUAUCAUUUUUGCCUGAUACUUGAACCGUAUUGAUUAUUUUCAAACAUAUAUUUGUGAGAUAAAUUGUUUUUAAAAAAACAAAAAAAUGGAUAAUACUGGAUCAGAUGGAACUGGAUUUCCCAAUAAUAGUCAUCGUGGAAUAGGUCGUGGACGUGGACGUGGUUCAGGUGGAAAAACAGAAAAUAAACCCCUGAGAAGACCACAAGAUGCUACAGCAGCAGCUCCAGCAACAGAGAGUGCAGUCAACGCCGAAGUUGUGAAAAAUUCAAAACUUUCCGCCUCGGCUAAGGAAUUUGUUCCUCAAAGUUAUAAUCCUACAUUAGCUACAGGGACACAGUCAUCAUAUAGUGCUCGUAAUCUACAAGAUCGUAUACAAUUGGCUAGACAGGGUCAAUCGACACAAUCUAAUUAUCAACGACGACAUCAAUCAUCAUCUGGCGGGCAUUAUCAACAUUCUCAAUACUCAGGUCAGCAAUCGCAUGGACAGCAAAUGAUGUAUCAACAACAAUACGAAGAUGCUUCUCAAUAUCAAGGUUACAAUUAUCAGCAUGGAAGUCAAGACUUUGGUUAUAAAGAUGGAGGUUCUGGUGAUUAUGUUGAUAAACAUCAGACAACAAGAAGAGAGAUUAACCAUCAAUUAGCGGAUUAUGAAGGGACGUUACGACAUCUUGAUCAUGUAAUGAAAACUUUAACAUUGGAUCCCGGACGAUUUGAUGCAUUGUUAAUUCGUCUUGUGAAUAAUUUAAAACCAUAUUUGGAUCAACCUAGCCAAUCGCAAGAAAUUGCUAGUAUGAUUGUUCAACAGUCAAUCAACGAAACGAACUUUCGAUACAGUGGUGCAAGAAUUUGUACGAGUCUUGUUGCUGUCACUCCCUCUGAGGUUUCACCUUCUAUUUUCAAGAAUAUGCUAUUAACACGUUGUCAGGAACAGACAGAUAUGUUGUCAACUUCUUGGCAACAGGCAAAAAAUCAUAGUGACAUGGAGGAAAAACAAUGUCACGGUUUGAUAUUGUUUCUCGCUGAAUUGGUAAUUCAAAUGGAAUCAGUGUUGGCAGUUUCGUUGGGAAAAUUAUUAGUGCAACUUAUAUCUGGCGUUUUAAUGAAUCCAACACCUAAUUCUGCCAAGAAUAUUUGUCAAGCUUUAAAGCUGGCUGGACCAACACUUGAAAAUGAUUCUAGCAGCAAGAAGGAAAUGGAAUUUGUAAUGCAAAAAUUAACAAAACUUGUCACUGAAGGUCGUGUUGAUUCACACGUGGGACGAAUGGUACAAGGUGUUAAUAAUUUACGAAAUGAUAAUUGGGGCAAUUCAGUGAAAAAUGAAACUGAAAUAAAUACUGAUACUGCAAUUCAACAAUCUAAUGAGCCUGUUUUUUAUGGACCUGAUGGAAAUAUUCUUUCCGCUGAAGAGAGUAAAUUUUUACAAGAACUUGCUGAAUCAACGCCAGAAUUGGAAGAGUAUGACACUGAUACUGAUCUUGAGAACGAGAUGGCAAAAUGGGAUGACGAGGAAGACGAAAUUGCUUCAGCUUAUGAAGAAUUUUUGAAUAUAAGUAAUAAUACAUGUCGAUAGUUGAUUUAUCAAUCCAGGCCAUAAAUAUUAAUUAUUGGAGUGAAAAUAUUUAUUUUCUACAUAAGUGCAAGCUGAAAUUUAUUGAUUUCUUUAAGAAAUGUAUUAAUCAGAGGGUGUCCAUUUUUAGUUAUUUUUUUAAUUUGAAGAGAAUAAAAGGUAUGUAGUGCUAAAACAGCAAAUUAGAUGAAAUAAAUGCAUCAGUCAUAAAUUAUA